AUGCUGGUACUGUUGACAGAUCGGAUCCGGAUCGGAUUCCAGGAUCCAAAUACGAGAAACGGGCGAACUUCCUGGAAAAGAAGCGGUUGGCUCAAGAGGGACCAAGGCGACCCGCCACAGCUGACCCCGCGGGAGCCGCAAAAGGACGCGAACCGCCUCUACCACCCGAUCGACUGGCGGCCAUGGCUGGAGUGGCAGCGGUGGCUGGACCAGCAGCUCGCCUUUCCGGGCCACGUGCCAUAUCCCGAGGUGGCUACUGCCGACAACUGCCGCCUAGAGCCUGAUACCCUCGAGCACGAGGACAAUCACAGCAAAAGUCUCCAUUGUGGUUUUUCUUAG